AAAUCGUGCAAAAAGGCCGCCACUAGAAAGGACAUCGAAAAGGCCGCGACCCUUCACCGGAACCGCGUCACGCUGAUCUUGCGCAAUGUCCGCAGCCUGGAGAAGGUGUGCGCUGACCUGAUCAGCGGCGCCGAGAAGCAGAAGCUGCGCGUUAAGGGCCCGGUUCGCAUGCCAACUAAGAUCCUGCGUAUUACGACCCGCCUUGCGGUGAUGGUUCCAAAAAGAUCGCUUCCAGAUCAAGGUCACCAUCGCCGACCCUUCAGUGUCUUGCGAACCUUCGUGGUGAACGGACACUAGAGCUGCGGUAUUUUUUACUACCUAAGCUCAGAGUUAUUUCAAACAAAAUUCACAGUCUUUUUAAAGACUACCUGAGUUAUUUUCCAAAACUCUAAACAGUCUUUUCAAGACUAACCCCACCUGAAAUUUUGUUGUAUUUUACAAACGAAGCCAUCUUUUUAAGAGAACUUUGCUUGCAAAAUGCGUCAAAACAAAGGUAAACGCAAAUCUUCUGAAGAUUUGGUCGUUACGUCGGUGAAGCGUUUGAACGCUAAACCAGCUAACGGAAACAGAAAAAGAAAACAGCCUCAUCCGAGGUCUGAUUCUUGUUGUAUUUGAACCACUCUAU